UUUCAUAGGUUAUAUCCUGAGCUCCGUAGAGACGAAAAUCGAUUCUAUACUUACUUUAGAAUGAAUUUUGAAUGUUUUGAUGAAAUAAUAAAUCUUAUCAAGGACGAUAUUACAAAACAAGAAACUACAUUUAGAGAACCGAUUGGCGCAACAGAACGAUUAGCCGUCACAUUAAGAUUUUUGGCAACCGGCGACUCUUACAAAACAAUCGGUCACAGUUUUCGAUUGGGAUUUUCAACAGUUGCUAUAAUUGUUGAAGAGGUUUGCACUGUUAUAUGGAGUAAACUGCAGCCAAUUUAUAUGCCAGAGCCCACACAAGAGCUAUGGGAAAAAUCAGUUUUGGGCUAUGAAAACUUAUGGCAGUUUCCUAACUGUUUAGGAAGCAUAGACGGGAAGCACGUGACAAUCAGGUGUCCCCAAAAUAGUGGAUCAAAUUAUUUUUCCUACUUAAAAAAAUUUUCAAUUGUUCUCAUGGCGAUUGUUGACCCUGAAUAUAAAUUUAUUUGUGUAGAUGUUGGUGCCUAUGGUAAAAAUAGUGAUGGAGGUAUCUUCGAGCAAUCUGCUAUGGGAAGAAGAUUUGAAAAUGGAACAUUUAAUAUUCCUCCUAACAGGCCAUUUGCCGGUAAAGAUGAUGAGGUUCCAUGUGUUUUGAUAGGCGAUGAAGCUUUUACCUUAAGUACUUACUUAAUGAGACCAUUUCCCUACAGACAAGCGAGAUAUGACCGUAGUAAAGAAAAAUUCAAUUACCAUCUAUGUAAAGCUCGUCGCGUUGUGGAAAACGCUUUUGGCAUACUGGCACACAAAUGGAGAUUUUUUUUUAGACCCUUAGAAGUAAAAGUUAGCACGGCUACAAAGCUUGUAAAAACAGCCUGUGUAUUACACAACUUUUUACGGGAAAAAAAUAUUGACCAAAAAUAUCUUAAUCUACAAGAACACAAUGAUAUGCCAGUACAGGUAUUCCAUCCCUUGCCAGUUGAUAGAAGAAGAGCGGUAAACCUAGCGUUUGGGAUACGUGAAAAAUUUGUUUCCCAUUUCAGUAAUUUGUAA